GGCAUUCAAACUCGGGAAUCUCCUCCUCUUCCUUUGGGACAACACCAGACCCUGAACCAACCGACACCAUGGUCAACUGCUGUGGAUCCGUCUGCUCCGACCUGAGCUGCGGAAGGGGCUGCUGCCAAGAGACCUGCUGUCAGCCCAGCUGCUGCUGCAGCCCUUGCUGCCCCCCGACCUGCUGCCAGACCACUUGCUGCAGAACCACCUGCUGCCACCCAACGUGCUGUGUGACCAGCUGUUGUCACCCGACCUGCUGCCGGCCCACUUGCUGCCGCCCAGUCUGCUGCGUGUCCACCUGCUGCAGGCCCUGCUGCCCCCAACCUUGCUACGUGUCUAUCUGCUGCAGGCCCUGCUGCCCCCGUCCAUGCUGUGUGUCCAGCUGCUGCAGACCCUGCUGCCCUCAACCCUGCUGUGUGCCUAGCUGCCGCCAGCCUUGCUGCCGCCCAACCUGCUGCCAAACUACUUGCUGCCAGACGACUUGCUGCCGCCCGACCUGCUGUGUGCCCACCUGCUGCCAGCCUUGCUGCCGCCCAACUUGCUGCCAAACCACUUGCUGCAGAACCACCUGCUGCCGCCCUCCUUGCUGUGCAUCAUCUUGCUGCUGA